AUGUCAGCCAUUUUCAACUUCCAGUCACUUCUUACAGUGAUUCUUCUUCUGAUUUGUACCUGUGCCUACCUCAGAGCUCUGGCCCCCAGCAUUAUUGAUAAAAACAAGACUGGACUCCUAGGUAUUUUCUGGAAAUGUGCCAGGAUAGGGGAGCGAAAAAGUCCUUGGGUGGCCUGCUGUUGUGUCAUUAUGGCUUUUAGCAUAUUGUUUUUGCAAUAA